AUGGCUCCACCAAUCAAUACCUCAACCGGUUCAGCCGGCUCUCCACCUUCUCCACAGGAGCAGUUCAUCUUAAUCAUUGCUGGAGUGAUUUUACCUCCCUUGGCAGUAUUUCUUGCCAAAAGAUAUUCAAUUUGGAACAAAGAGUUUUGGAUAACUUUGUUCUUAACUUUGUUGGGCCAUUUACCUGGCCUGGUUUUUGCAAUUUAUUGGUUGGUGUGUGUACAAUUCCCACAGCAGGGCAUUAACUACACUCCUGUCGAAGAUAUCGAAAAUCUUGCAGCUGACCAUCACCAACCACGCGAUGAAGCUCACGGUGAAGACGCUACUGGAAGUCGUACUGUAACUGCUGGCCAACAAGAAGGUUUUAUCCAUCACAGUCAAGGGCAAUAUGAUCAAUAUGAUAGACGGACGGAUUAUAAGCACGACCAACAUACUACUGAAGACAAUAACAAUGACAAUGAUCUAUUCUACAAUGGUGAAGGCAACUCCAAUUAUUUGGAACAACAACAGCGCGAGCCAUACAGAGACUAUGAUAGUUCAAGUCCUUCGGCUAAGGACCAUUUACUCAGUGCUCUGGAUUUACCUACUUAUGAUGAUGUUGUUGAAGAUGGCCAUGUUAAACACCAUAAAAAGGAUGUGAAAGGUAAAAAGAACAAAUCUCAAAAGAAAUAA